GCGUUUUGGGCGGUUCGCGCGUGCAGGGUUGGUAACGAGUUCGGGUCGCUCAUUCCCUGGUUUGAGGGUUUUCCCGGCUCUCUGCUCCCGGCAGCCGUCUACCUCCAGCUUUCAUCCGCGCUGCCACCACCUCACGGUAUAGCGUUGGGCGAGUUAUUUAAUCUUUCUGUGCCCCCGGUUGCUUUUCUGUAAAAAGGGGAUGUUACUAUUCGUAAUAGAAUUGUUUCGAGAAUUAAAAGAGGUAGUAUGAAUAGAAGUCUUAAAACAGUUCACGGCACAUGAUGAGUGGUGAUAUCCGUUGUUAGUAAUAUUUAAUUUCCCGAAAAACGCUCAGUUCCCUGAAAGCGACGAAGCCAGAGCUCCAACUGCAGUGGCCCUGGCCCUUCUCUGUGAUCUCUGCCGAGCCUGGAUCUUCACGGAUGAUCUGACUCUUUUUUCUAGCAAGGAAGGGGUGGCUUCUAGCUGGUACAAGCCCCGAUUUCUCAAAAGGGACUGCAGGGAGGUGGAAGCACUGACUCCUUGGCUACUGGCAACAGAGCCACACUUUGGCCUUCCCAGGACUCUGUGUAUCUCAGGACUCUGUAUAUCACCAGAAGUAGGAAGAAAAAUGAGCACAUUUAUGGUGAGUGGGCUUACCUUUUUGCUCUUAAAAUUCUUCUCAUUACGCAGAUUGGACACUUGGUUUUCUCAUUCUUGUAAAGCCUCAAGGAGAACAGUAGACAUUUGAGGACCUUCUGUGUGCUUGCUUUGUCUGUUUUUGGUUUACUUUGGAUUUAUUUUUAGUUUUUGUUUUAUUUUUAUCUUUUCUUUUUCUUUCAAAAGUAAAAGAAUGACUAGGAAUGAACAGUUCUCCUACUUUACUACUUCUUUGCUUGCUAAUCUAACUAUGUUUAUUUUCUAACACUUUUUCCUAAUAUACCUUUAUAACUAUAUUUGUAUUCAUGAUAUACACCUAAUUUUAAAUUGUGCUUUUUUAAUUUAAUAUAAAGCAUUCAUUUGUUAUAGUUAAUAUCAUUUUCCAAUUGAAUUGUUGCAUCUUUUAUUUUUAACCACUUUUAACUCAUAAAAAUUUAUUUGCUUUCUGAAUUUUACUGUUUUAAACAACACUACAGUGAUAGUUUUCUUGCAUAAAACAUUUUCUCCUAGAAAUCAAUUCUGAAAAAGUGCUCCUUCUCUAUGGUGUACUGGUAGCUCAAUAUUGAAAAGGUUCAUUUGACAUUUGGUACAUUGGGUGUUUGGUAGAAUAUUCAAAUAUGCCACAGUGCAACAGGGCCAAUAUUGUUGGAUGUUAUCAUGUAGGAAGAGCUAGAUUCUGUGUUACCAUGCUAGAGCCAUUCUCUGUUUGUGUUUUACUGUUUGUUUUUUUUCUUCUUCAUGUAUUAAUUACUUUUAUGAAAGCAAUACAUAACCUUAGUUUAAAUCAUCCCAGGAUAAUACUAGAAGAUUUGCCAAGCAUUUGCAUUCUGUCACUACAUCUACUCCUCAUUGAGGAGGUGCUUGGUCUCUUCAUUUUAAAGACGUGAAAUAUGAGAAGCCUGUUAAGGUUCCCACAGGAAAUCAAGAAACAGGAGUGUUAGGCAUCCUGUUAGAGUGAAAGAGAGAGACGUGAGGAAAGAGACCCAUACACCAGUAGUGUGGGUGCCUGGAGUGUUGUCCUGAGUGAUGAUUUCCAGAGGUGAUGCUGCUCCUCUCCUGGCUCCUCUUCUCUGCACCUCUUCUCUUCCCAGUGACCUCCUCUUCAAGUGCACUGCAGUGGUCAGAGCUCCAGCCAUAUGAAUACAGUGAUUAGCCCAGUGGUGUUAUAAAAUUUUUAAAUUCUUCCUUGGCAAAAGAUACUUAUACAGUGUUACAAGAACAAAUAACUACUUUGGUGGAAGUAUUUACAAUAUAUAUGCUAGAAAAAGACAUAACAUUUAGUGUAGAACUAUUAGAGUCACAAACAACAACUGUUACCGUCGAGUCAGUUCCGACUCAUUGUGACCCUAUAGGACAGAGUAGAACUGCCCCAUAGGAUUUCCAAGGUGCGCCUGAUGGAUUCGAACUGCCGACCUUUGGUUAGCAGCUGUAGCUCUUAACCACUGUGCCGCCAAGGUUUCCAUUAGAGUCACAGGAUAAAGGAAAAUAUCAGUAGAAAUACAGCAAAGAUCAUGAACAGACAAGGUAAAAAGGAGAAAUAGAAAUAACCAAUAAACAUGUUUAUUUAUAAUUGAAUAAGUGAGAAUUCUAAAAAUGAGUUUUUUUUCUUUUUUUUAGUCAGGUGAUCAAAAUGAAGUAAAAAUUUACAAACUGCCAUUUUAUGAAGAGUUAGGGUUACUUCUGCUUGAAGAUGAGUGAAGGAGGAAGAAAAUCUGGCAUUUGAUCAUAAGUUUAAAUAUGCUUAUUGACAUUUUAAUUUUCAUUUUAAAUCAGACAAGGGAGGAAGAUGUACAUAAAAAGAUGUUCUUUUUAGGACGGGUUAUAAUUAGAAAAAUAUUUAAAAUUAAAUGUAAAUUUUUAGAACUGAUAAAUACAGAUCAUCAGUACCAUGGUGCAAAUGCCUUCAAACAUCACAGGUAAGGCCACAGCUCUCCACAAGACUGUCCUCACUGCAGACAUCUGCUCCGAGCUUAGCACCACCCUCACUUUUGACCAGCUGACUCUAAAUUCAGGGAUGUCAGUACUCCAUCUGGUUCAAUAAUUUGCUGAAACAUCUCACAGAGUGUAAGAAAGACUAUACUUAAAAUACAUUUUUAUUAUAUCAAAAGGUUAUAAAUCAAAACUAGCCAAAGGGAGAGAUGCAUAGGGCUAGGUCUUGGAGGGUCCAGGUGAUGAAAUGAGUUCCUUUAUGUGGCCUUUUGCCUUGGUUCUUUGGAAAAACAGCUUGAGGGAUUUUUCCCCUAAGCCCUGAGGAGUUACCUUUGCCCUAGUUUUCCAUCCCAGAGGGUUACUUUUGUCCAGGUUGAUUGACAUUUCCUGAGUAAGCUGUAAAUAGCUUGGUUUGAUGCUUUUUAUCUGGUCCUGGGCUGCAGCCUGCCCUGUGAUUGGUAUACACCUUGCACUGAUUGGUUAAUAGACUAUGCAGAUGAGGUGAGUUGUAGCCCAGCUACGCCUGCUAUGCAAAUGCAGUGUCUGUGGCCUACUUAGAGGGGAUUGGUCAGUUUGUGGCCCUGAUGGGAGUGCCCUUUCUUGAAAUGGACCAGGAGUUUGUGUAUUUAAGCAGCCAGCCCCACAGAGGUUUAGUACACAAAAAGAAGCAGGCAAACAGGAAGCAGGAAGAAGCAGAAGGAAGCAGGGGAGACAGAAAGAAGCAGGAAGAUAAGCAGAAAGAAGCGAGAGAGAGAAGAGGCAAGAACCUCCUAAAAGGGCCAUAACAGUCAAGGGAUGUAACACUAAAGACAGCUACAGGCUCAGAAGGUGCCCAGAGGCAGAGCCAGCAGCAACAGGCCCAGAAGGGGCUCAGCAGCAGAGCUGGUGGUGACAGAUGGCAGGGCCAAGAGUAGCCUGUCCUCAGCGGCUAAGAGGAGGCCUGCACAGUCAGUUAAGAGAAGCUGAGAGUUGUCCGCACUGAAGAAGGGAGACUUUGCCUACAUGCUUCCUGCUCCUGUAUUGUAGCCUGUUGAUCCUGAUCCCGAGUUGUACCCUGUUCCUUCAUAAACCGCAUAACUUUAAAUAUGAUCUGUGAGUUCUGUGUGGCCAUUGCAACAGAUUAGCGAACACAGCAGAGAAGUAGAGAGUGCCGGGGGAGGGAUAGCUGGUGUUAGAGUUGGUAUAACGGUUGGAGAGCGGAGCUGCGUCUGACCUCCACCUCAUAGGGAUUGGCCUUGGGCUGAUCUUGAUUUGCGUUAUCCCCCCUGAAGUUAGGCAGGUUCUGACGGUACUACUAUUACUGCUAGUCCCGUUUUACAGUCCUAAACACAAAGCUUCCAUUCUUUUCAAAGACACAUCACCUUCCUGGCACAUCAGUGUGUGACAGUAUGCAGCAUAUUGUCAGCCAGGGAAGCUAACCUGAGCUUUGGUAUCCAGAGUUUUUAUUGGGAUAUCAUUAUAGGCAUGAUUGGUUCAAUCAGGACCCCAUGAUUGAACUCAAUCUCCUGUUCCUUGGUAUCAUGUGUCUCAAAGCUCCAAACCUCUGAUCAUAUGGUUGAUCUUCCUGGUAUGACCAUCCCCCAUCAUCAGUCAUCAUGUUAGCAUAAACUACCAGGUAUUGUCCCAGGAGACCACCAGGAAUAAUAAAGACACUCUGCCUACCAGGAACCAGGGACAAAGUCCAGCCAAAUUCUUUAAUUCACACCUGGAAUAUUGUACAGCUAUGAAAUAGAAAUCAGUGACAUUCAAGGAUGUGGCCGUUGUCUUCAAUGAGGAAGAGCUGGAGUUGCUGAAUUCCUUCCAGAGGAAGCUGUACCGAGAAGUGAUGCUGGAGAACUUCAGGAACCUGGUCUCUUUGGGAGGCAAGUUCCCAAAGGAGAUGGAGACUACUUCACAAACAAGGCAACAGGAGGAACUUUUCUGCUGGCAAAUCUGGCAACAAAUUGCAAGUGACUUAACCAGGUGUCAAGACUCCAUGAUAAACAGUUCUCAGUUCCACAAACAGGGUGAUUCAGCCUUCCAGGUUGGGGCAGGACUAUCUAUUAUUCACAAAUCAGAGAAACUUUAUCAGUAUAAUGAAUGUACAGAAACCUUCAGUGAUGCCUCCAGCUUUGAUCUUCCUCAGCAGUUACACUCAAGAGAGACGUCUCACGUAUGUUCUCAGUGUGGAAAAAGCUUCCGUUAUAGCUCAGGUCUUCGUAAUCAUCAUAGAGUUCACAUGGGAGAGAACUGCUAUAAGUGUGAUGAGUGUGGGAAGAAAUUUAGUCAGAAACCACAUCUGCAGACUCAUCAGAAAGUCCACACUGUAGAGAAACCACACAAAUGUGAGGAAUGCGGGAAAGGCUUCAGUCGUAAAUCAGCACUUACUGUACAUUGCAAAGUCCACACAGGAGAGAAACCUUACAAUUGUGAAGAAUGUGGAAGGGGUUUCAUUCAUGCCUCGCAUCUUCAGGAACAUCAGAGAAUCCACACUGGGGAGAAACCAUUCAAAUGUGAUGUAUGUGGUAAGAAUUUCCGUCGUAGAUCAGCACUUAAUACUCACUGCAUGGUCCAUACAGGAGAGAAACCAUACAGAUGUGAGGAGUGUGGGAAAGGCUUCACUUGUAGUUCAAAUCUUUGUAUUCAUCAGAGGGUUCACACUGGAGAGAAGCCUUAUAAGUGUGAGGAAUGUGGUAAGAGCUUCAUUCAGCCUUCCCAAUUUCAAGCCCAUCAGAGAAUCCACACUGGAGAGAAACCAUACAUAUGUAAGGUGUGUGGGAAGGGCUUCAUUUACAAUUCAAGUUUUCAAGCCCACCAAGGCAUCCACACUGGAGAGAAACCAUACAAAUGUGAGGAGUGUGGGAAGAGCUUCAGGAUGAAAAUUCAUUAUCAAGUUCAUUUGGUAGUCCACACAGGAGAAAAGCCCUAUAAAUGUGACGUGUGUGGGAAGGGUUUCCGCCAGCGUUCGUAUCUGAAAAUCCAUCAGAAGGGCCACAGCGUAGAGAAACCUUAUAAAUGUGAGGAGUGUGGGCAAGGCUUCAAUCAGAGUACACGCCUUCAAGUUCACCAGCUGAUCCAUACUGGUGAGAAACCGUACAAAUGUGAAGAGUGUGGGAAAGGCUUCAGUCGCAGAGCAGAUCUUAAAAUUCAUUGUAGAAUCCACACAGGAGAGAAACCCUAUAAUUGUGAAGAGUGUGGAAAGGGCUUCAGUCAGGCAUCACAUCUUCUGACCCAUCAGAGGAUCCACAGUGGAGAAAAACCAUUCAGAUGUGAAGUGUGUGGAAAGAACUUCAGUCGGAAUUCACACCUUGAAGCCCAUCAAAAAGUGCAUAAUGGAGAAAAGCCAUAUAAAUGUGGAGAGUGUGGAAAGGGCUUCAAGUGGAGCUUGAAUCUUGACAUGCAUCAGAGGGUCCACACAGGAGAGAAACCUUAUAAGUGUGAGGAGUGUGGUAAGUACUUCAGUCAGGCCUCAAGUCUUCAACUUCAUCAGAGUGUCCACACUGGAGAGAAACCGUACAGAUGUGAUACGUGUGAUAAAGUCUUCAGUCGAUCUUCACAACUUCAGUAUCAUCAGCGAGUUCACACAGGAGAGAAACCUUACAAAUGUGAGGUAUGUGGUAAGAGCUUCAGUUGGAGAUCAAAUCUUGUAAGUCAUCACAAAACCCAUGCUGGUGAUAAAAUUUCUGAAAGUGAUAAUAGUGGUAAGAACAUUAGAGAAGCAUCACACGAAAGAAGUUCUACAAAGUGAUGUUUUCUAAGAAUUUAAUUUGCAACCUGAAUUCUUCUAAUCAUCAUGUCUCAGGAGAGAAAACAUUUAUUUAUAUCUGUAUUUCACCCAUAGUGCAACAUAGCCAGAGGUCAACACACCACACAGCAGAGAACAUUUUGAAGUGGUGCAGGAAGGGCUUCAGUCAGAUCCUUGGCAUUUAUUAUGUAUCACUCAAGAGACAGGCCUUGGAAAGAAUAAGAGUUUGAUCUGGCCUUUAACAAAAGCGUAACGAUGUGCAUGCCAAAAUUGAUGUCCACUGGAAUGUAAGCUCCAUGAGGGCAGGAACUUUGCUGCAGCAUCAGUACAACCUUAGGAUUGACUACACUUUGUAGGUAUGCUCAAUACUUGUUUGUUAAUGAAUCAAAAAGAGAAAAUGUAGAAUAUUUGAAAAUUUUUAUCCAGAAGAGGAAACUUGCAAAAAUGAAUAUUUCAAAGAACAAACAUUAGUUUAAAUGUGGAAAACCACUCAGUACUGCAGUCUGCAAUAUUAACAGGGUGUUAACUUAUUGCAGUUGACUCCUGUCCUCCCCACAGCCUCUGUUUUCAACUUGGAUCUUAUUAUUUGUGGGUCUGUCUACUGUUCUAUCAGUUGUAACACUACAAAUUUCACUAUCUUUUACGAUUUUUCUGACAAUGGAGACUGAAAAAGUUUGUUAACUUUGCUACAAGUUAUUGCAUAUUAAACAAUUGAAUUGGUUUUCAGUGUUCUUAAAGCAAGGAUUUAUCAUAACACUUUGAAAGUAUCAGAAAUAGUUACCAAUGACCAAAAAAUGUUUUAGUCAACUUUGAAUUGAUCAUUGAUAUCUGGUUUUCUGCAUUUCAACCAAGGCUUUGAUAUGGUUGCUUUCUAAUUGCUGUAGCAUCUUUUUUUUUUUUUCCCAACCAAAACAGCUGAGGUAGACGCUAUGCCAUAUUUGAAGGACAUUAAUACUGGCAAGUUCCCUACUGCAUAUUCUUCCCCCACACCCAUAAAACAAAUACCAAAAAAAGUAUAAGAAUUUGAUAAUUGUAUCAAAUGUAUUCAUUAUGGGGACAGAACUGAUAUUUAUACUUUUCUGUAUUGUAGUAAUGUAUGAUUUCUUGAAAAGGGUGUAUUUUUAGAUGUGUAAUAAUGCUUUUCUUUAAUUUGGAGAUCAUACAGCUAUGAGAUUAAAAUACAGAAAAAUGUUUAGCACAUCAGUGAUGUGACUGAAAUUUUUCAAAUGGAAGUAGCAAGCAUUCAUUUACAGGAAUUUUAGUUUUGAUACAUUCUUGUAAUAGUAUGACGCCAUUGAAAUGAUGGCAUAGACAUAUUUACAGGAUAAUAUAUGAAUGUUAGAAGAUGAUGCAUUGUAGCUUUCAUAGUGUCACACACAAAUGUGUGUGCAUGUGUGCACAUACGUAAGAUAAUUUUUAAGGGAGUCCUCACCCUUAGUGGUUUUCUCUGGCAAGAAGUGUUUUGUGGGAUUUUAUUAUUUCAUAAAUUACAUUUUAAAAUUUCAAUGAACAUUAGCAUUACCAAAUGAGGCAAUCAUGUACAAUAGAAUUUGAAAAAGUAUUAAUAUCAAUCCUUUAUAAUUAGGACACAUAAUAUGAUUGCUGUAUAUUAUAUAGCAUCUAAAAUUUUAAUAAGACCCCAGAAAUCAAUUAAAAAAAAAAAUUCUCUGGUUGUUUGAAUACAUAGAUAAAUUAAUGAAUGUGAGCACCUAUAUGUUUGCAGUUAAUGCCUGUGACACUUCUUUAAUCAUAAAUCCAUAACGGAGAGGGCAAAUCCUGGAGAUAAGAACAAAGUGAGUAUACAUGUGUUGUGGAGGUAAAAAAAAAAAUAAAGAUUCCCUGAGGAAAAGAUGCAUUUAGGGAGGCAAUAUAGCACGACAGUAGUGGACUCUCUCAGAAUGUGGAACCAGCAGGGACAAAGCAGGUUUAGGUGCCAUUCUAUACUCCUUAGACACUACAGGGAUAUUUUAAGUGUAUUUGAUUAAAGGGCUUACUCAGUGUCUUGGUUACCUAGUGCUGUCGUAACAAAUACCACAGGUGGGUAUCUUUAAAGGACAAAUUUAUUUUCUCACAGUUCUGGAGGCAAAAUGUUCAAAUUCAGGGUGUGGUUCUAGGGAGAGGUUCUGCCUUGUCCGUUGUUCCCAGUUAUUCAGUCAAACAGGAAUCUAGGUGUUGCUCUGAAAUAUUUUGUUGAUGGGAUGAGAGCACAUAAUCAGUUGAGUUUAAAUCAAGGAGAUUAUCCUAGAUACUCUGGGUGUACCUGACUCAAUCAGUUAAAAGGCCUUGAGAGCACAGUUGAGGCUUCUUUGAAGAUAGGAAUUCUGUGGAUACUAGCUUCAGCUCACACCUGAGAGUCCAGCUUGCCUUCUUGAUCACCUGCCCUGUGUAUUUUGAGUCAGCCCCCACAAUCAAGUAAGCCAGUUCCUUGCAAUAAAUCUUAAUGUAUAUCUCUUACUGGUUCUGUUUCUCUGCUUGAACACUAACUGAUAGAGGUUUUGGUACCAGAAGUAGAUUUAGAGGAACAGGAUUUUAAGGAUAAGUUUUCUGAUUUUUUUUUUCCAUUCAUACAUUUGUUGAAUGUAUGAUACAUUUAUUUGAGUAAUAUAUCAAUGGGUGGAACCAAGAGGUUCUAAUGUAUGAAUUUGGUCAAUUUUAGUAGAUACUUGCAAGUAGUAUUUCAAAGUAGUUAUACCAAUUCACUUUUUUACCAGUGGUAUGCAAGUGUUGGCAUCUUUGCCAACAUUUGUUUUCACUUUCUUAAAUUUUAGCCUUCUGGUCGGAAUGUAGUGCUUUCGCAUACUAAUUUAAUUUGCAUUUUUGUUAUGUCUAAUAGAGUUUAGUAUCUUCAUUGAUAAUUGGCUACUUCCUCUUUUCUGAAAUGUUUAUUCUGUAUUGUGCCCAUGUUUGUGUUGCCUGUCUUUUUCAUAAUGAUUGGAGGAUUUAUAUUCUGCAGAUGAAUCUUUUGUGUCAUACAUGUUUUUUAAGUCUCUCACUUUUGCCUUUUCACUCUGUUAAAGGUGCGUUUUGAUGAACUUAGGUUCUUCACUUCAAAAUACUCCAGUCUUUCGUAGUUUUUUUUUUUUUCCCCAUAGUUUGUGAUUUUCUUGGUCUUCCUUAAGAAGUUUUUCCUCUUCCAAGGAAACAAAGUUCUCUUAUGCUUCUUUCCUAAAAGUAUCAUUGUUUGACGUUUCAAGUUUAAACCUGCAGUAUUUCUGGAUUUAAUAUUUUUGUAAUUGUCAGAUAGUGAUCAAUAUUUUUUCCCGUAUGGAUAUUCUGUUGAUCCAGAACAACAUAAGGACCUCUUUCCCCUCCCUGCUUCAGUGUUUUCACACAUCAAAUUGAAA